AUGGAGGCCGCUUCCUCGGCGUCGUCUGCCCUCCGGCUGCUCCUGCUCCUGGCCCUGCCGACCGCUGGGUGGCUGACAACGGGCGCCCCGGGGCCUCCGUCCCGAGCCCCGCAGGACAGCAUCAGAGUUAACAUAACUACCUUGACAGAUGAUAGGCAGGUAUCCAAAAAACAGGUUGUUCUUAACAUAACCUAUGAGCAUGGACAGGUAUAUGUAAAUGACUUACCUGUAAAUAAUGGUGUGACCCGAAUAAGCUGUCAAACUUUAAUAGUGAAGAAUGAAAAUAUGGAGGAAAAAAGCUAUCUUGGAAUUGUCAGUGUAAGGAUUUUAGUUCAUGAGUGGCCUAUGACAUCUGGUUCCAGUGUGCAGCUAAUUGUCAUUCAAGAAGAGGUAGUAGAGAUCGACGGAGAACAAGCACAACAAAAGGAUGUCACUGAAAUUGCUAUUCUAGUCAAGGACCAGGGCGUCCUCAGGCAUUCCACCUCCACGCUGCCAUUGGAAGAAAGCAUGCUGUUCUCUAUCUCCCGGGACAGCGACCGUUUCUUCACCCUUCCCAACCUCUCUAGGAAAGAAAGUGCUGGUACAUUGCAGACCACCAGUCAGUAUCUCCUCAGGACUGUGGAGACCACCGUUGAUGAAGAUGCUUUACCUGGCAAAUUACCCGAAACUCCUCUCCGUGCAGAGCCGCCAUCUUCAUAUAAGGUCAUGUGCCAGUGGAUGGAGCAGCUCCGGGAAGAUCUGUGUGGCUUCUGGAGCCAGGUCUUCCCAGUCCUUUUCAUGUUCCUGAAUGUCUUCUUGGUUGGAAUUAUCGGGGCAGCUGUGGUCAUAACCAUCUUAAAGGUGCUUUUCCCGGUUUGUGAAUACAAGGGAAUUCUUCAUCUGGAUAAAAUGAAUGUUAUACCAGUGACAACUGUCAACCUAUAUCCUGAGAGUCCUGAGAAAACAGCAGGAAACUUUGAAGAUAAAACAUGUAUUUAAAUGAUGGACGCUGAAAUUAGUCUACUUGGAUCCAAGCUUGUCACUUGAACAUACGUUUCUUUAAAUCAUGAAGAAUGAAUUUACACUAGACAAAGUGCUAAACUCCUAAACCUGCCUUAAAAAGUGACAGGUUCGCUUGUUCUGAAGCAGAGCUGGCUAUUCAGAUGAGACAUUGGUAGGGGACAAUUAAAGUAGAAGAGAGACCGGGAGGAGACUUUGGAACUACCCAAAAGAGGCAAGACAAACUGCCACGUGCCAAUAACUUUUCAAGAUGCCUUUUAAAGGAAAUUAUAUCCACUGAAUUACUAUAAUAUAUGACUAUGAAAAGCACUUUAUGAAAUCCUAAUUUAAAUAUUCAAGAACUUAACACUUAUUUUUUUAUUCAGUACAAUGUGCCUUUGUAUUAGGGUUGUGAUUCAGUAUAAAAUCACUGAAGUGUAUUAUAAUUUGAUUGUAUACUGUACACCAAGACUACUUAGCUGAGUACAAAGGGAUUUGAAAGUCAUAGCAACAUAUUCUCACUGUAAAUUUUUUGAUGGGGAAUUAAUAAUUUUUUGGUGGAAAUGGCUUAAGAAUUUUGCCCAGGCGAGAACGACCUACAGAUGAUGUUAGCUCCCUUUCACUGCUGAAACCACGAUUGAAACCGUUCACUCACCAGCAGCAUUAUGGAAUCAGGUGUACCACAGCAGUGUCCUCUGUAACCAGUGCCCAUGUGACAUGUAUUUCACAAUGUGACCUUGUAUCUAACUUUACUCCGUAUGAAAAAAUGGGUACCUUCUGUUUCAUUAAAAAAAAUACUUUGGUCUCAACCCACCAUUGAAAGGGUUGCCCAAGAAUGUAAUCACUUCCCCCCUUAAUGAGGCUGAGAGAGGAGAGAGAAAGACUGUUUUUAGUCAGUCGUCAUACUAGACUUGUGGAAUGUGAGUACUACAUAUUUUAGAAAAAUCGGUAAUAGCAUGCAAUUUACAAUUUGAUCCUAAAGUCACCCGGCUAGUACUCCUUGACUUCUCCAUGCCUUCCUCAUUCCAUAGGUUGCUAAAAGCCCUCCAGAUGAUGGCAGGGCCAUGUUACAUGCAUUAUUAAGCAUAAGCUUAGACAUUCCAGAAAAGAGAACUCUAAAGAUGGAGCUGUCUGCUCCCAUAAAGAUGUGAAGUCUCAGAAACAGUAAAGAACAGUUCUGUGGAGUCCAAUCAGGGUGUUUUGGAUUGGCAUCAACUUAGUGGCGGUGGACUGGGGUUUUAGUUUUAAAAUAAAACAAAUUUAUAGCUUAAAAAAUUGUUUAUUCAGAAUCAUAAGGUUUUAAAAAAUCUUAUGGAAGUUAAAAAAAUAUAGCACUCGAUAUAAUGAAAUACUACAUUUAAUUAUUCAAACAUGUAAGGCUGGUUUUCUCAGUUUGUAUGAGAAUUUAACAUGAUCCAAAUUCAAGUAUCCAUUUCUCAUAUCUUUCAAUGUCUGCAGCAGAUACUGAUUUAGAAACCUUUUUUAAAGCGAUUUCAAAGUCCUC